AACGUAUAUUCUAUUAACGGUCACACUGAAAACUAGUAAACAAAUGUUGACAAUUUCGUUUAUCUGCUAUUUCGAGAUUUAAAUUAAAUAUUGAGAGGCCACAAAAUGCACCGAUCCCAUCCGAGUAUUAGUCGUCGCAAACACCUGAUGAAUGAGAUGAUGAAGGAUGACUAUGAGCUGCCCGCGGAAAAUCAGCAAAUCGCUAGGGUCAUCAGCAGUCGCGGAAACAAUCUCCACGAGGUGGAAACCCCGAAAGUCGAGGAAAACUUCCUUGUUUCGAUGCCCAAUAAAUUUCGCAAGAGCAUGUGGGUGAAAAGGGGCGAUUUCCUGCUAAUCGAACCAAUUGAAGAGGGCGACAAGGUCAAGGCCGAGAUCUGUAAAAUACUUACCCCAGAACAUAUCAAGGAAUACACCAAAGCUGGCAUUUGGCCGGAUAAGUUCGCAAAGAAACCAGCACUCGAGGAAUCAUCCAACAAAAAUCAAGAGGAUUCCGACUUUGAGGAUGAUCUCCUGCCCAACACAAAUCGUCCUGUAAAUCAGGAAUCCUCCGACGAAGAGGAAGAUGAUGAAACAUCCAGCGAUGAAGACUGAAAUUCCCUUUUCCACGUACAAAAUUACUCUAUAUAAUUAAGAUUUUCUUAAAACUUGUUAAAAGCUGUGUCAAGAAUUAAACACAAAUUGUUGAUUGUUGCUGCUGCUAAUCUAAGUUGGUUUUAAAGUUUUAAACAAUUUUUAUGUAAAAAGUUAAAAUUGGUAACUUCUAUAAU